GGCUGCCGAUUGGAAGCUGGACGCUCCUGACUGGACGGGACGCAUGCGUGUGACGGCCCGGGGCAAUGUGGCCUACGUGAAACUGGAAGACAAAAUCUCUGGGGAGCUCUUUGCCCAAGCGCCAUUGGACGAGUACCCUGGCAUCGCAAUGGAGACGGUCAGUGACUCGAGCCGUUACUUUGUGCUCCGCAUCCAGGAUGACAACGGGCGCAGUGCGUUCAUAGGCAUUGGGUUUGGAGACCGAGGCGAUGCCUUUGACUUCAACGUUGCACUUCAGGACCACUUCAAGUGGGUGAAACAGGAAACUGAAUUUAUUAGGCAGGCGCAGGCUCCAGACUCUACUCCUAAACUAGACCUGGGCUUCAAAGAAGGACAGACCAUUACUCUCAAUAUUGGGCAAUCAAAAAAGAAGGACAGGUCUCGUCCGCAGAGUUCAGGUGGCUUUGGGCUUCUGCCACCUCCACCUGGGGGCAAGUUAGCUCCACCCCCAUCAUCCAGAUCUACCAAUCAUAACACACAACCGUCUGCAGGAGGAAGUGACACUGGUUUUUUGCUAGACCUGGACUCCAGUAACUCCAACUCAGCGGCUCCAUUCGACCCCGCCACCACAGCCAGCUCUGACCUGUGGGGAGACUUUGACUCUGUAUCCCCAAAGUGAGGAGAGAUUGAUUUUGUUUUUCUCCCUUUUAUCUCUCUGUAAAUUUAUGCAGCACUUUUUUGCAAGUUUAUUUUCCCCAUUAUGGGGUCCCGUAUCUCUCCCUGCCAAGCAGGGUAACCCCCUGUACUAGUAAGUUUUGUUUUAGCUCAGUUCCUAAUGGCUUCUGUUCUUAGCCAGAGAUGCACCCAGACCUCACAGUCUAGUCUUAAUUUAAAAGAUUUAGAACUAUAAGCCAUCUCCGCAUACUUUCCCUCCCCCUCCUCAUGGGGAUGCUCUUGCUUUACUCCUUCUAGAUAUCCACUGUAGCUCUCUAGUUUACAUUCCCCUGUUUGAAUUCUGCCUUGUCCCUCUUUCUCCUCCUCUCAGUGUUUUAUUUGCUAAUUUCUCUAUUAGAGUAUACAUAUUAAAAGUAUGACUAAGGGAGACAUAAUCAUAAACAUCUGAUGAUGAAAUCUAGUAAAAUAUUAUAAUGAAUGAAUUUUAUGUACAGAGAAUAUUUAUUUUAAAUGUAUAUAUUGUCAGUAGUUUGUAAUUAUUGUCAUUGGUGUUGUCACCUGUACGUACUGUAGCUUAUUUCUCCUCCAAGUCCCUAGCAGUGGGACUGACUAUAUGCACUGACUGGCAGUCUAGUCUGUCUAUGUAGUUAGUAAUGCAUAAAAUCUGAAUUUAACACAGGGAUUGUUCAAAUCUUAGACUUAGGUUAUAGUGAAGUUUACCAUAAAAUGAUUUAACUUGAAAGAAAUAUGUUAAGCUGUAGCUGAUUUACAGAAUUGUUGUGCUCUCUAACACUCUCUAGUGGGCUCUUGUGACUCUACAGCAUCCUUUUUGAGAGAGAUGUCAAAUUGAGCUGCAGCUGUUGAACACAUAUUUCACUGGGGAUGGGUCCUGGGCACAGUUUGCAUUAUUUUAACUGUAGAUCAGUACAAAGAGACAGGGUAAGUAGGAAUGUUGGAUGCGAUUGGGUGUUACCAAAAGAAAGAGAGGCAUCAAGUGCUUUUAUCUUUGCCUCAAGGGAAAAUAGAGAUGAUUUAGUCCAUGUUAUGUCAUCUCUACUCAGCACAGCUGUUAAAGCUGUGACUGGUGAGUCAUUUAGGUCACGACCCCGCUCCUGCUCGAUGAAUAAGUCUGUUUCUGCACCGUCCCGGCUGUCUUGGGAGAGCUUUAUCUCCUCAAUUCCUUACGAGGAGGUGAUCAGGUCGUAGACCUCAACUGCAGCAUGUUGUACUGUGCAAUUGAGUUUUAACUGUGAACUUCAAUUCCAUGUUAUGGUGUGAUGUUAUUAAUGGUAUUCUGAUGCAGAUAAAUGCGAUGUGGGACCAAGCUGGUCUGUGUUUGAUGCAGUGUUUUUGUUGUGAUAUUGUUACAUAGCGAGAGAUGGAUUAUGUUGCACUGGUAUCACAUGCACAUGUGUUGUGACCAUUGACAGUAUAUAUAGGUUGUGACAGACGACAAGUGGUGUGAUGGUGGAUGAUGAUUGGAGCACAGAGAGAUUGUGUGAGUGUAAAGCCCUAACAAUGUUUGUCAGUGUUUACUGUUUAAAUUAUAUGCAUCUCUCCCAAAUGUUACUUGUUAUUCAAACUGUAUAUGUGUAUGGAAAUGUAUAUGGAAAUGAAUAUGCAAAGAAAAACAUAAAGAUAUCACUCUAUGACCAUAA